AGUGUGAAUAAACUACGAAGUUUGCGUUACUUACCAUUUUGGUAGAUGCUAUUUAUGAAAAUGUUUAAGUGGAUUUAAAUCAACCAAUUAACAUCACAUCUGUGAUCCGACAAUUGGAAUUUUACUCAUUUCUAAUGGGAGUUCCUGGCUUAUGGCGUUUGUUAGAGCCUGCAAGAGAGCCCGUAGAGUUACAACAGCUAUCUGGGAAAAUUAUAGCUGUCGAUAUGAACAUCUGGUUGCAUCAAGCUGUGAAAUCUCGAGGCGCAGCAGGUGGUCCUCGUAACUAUUUGGCUAUAUUUUUUCGUCGUUUAUGCAAAUUACUUUUCUUUGGAAUCAAACCAGUAUUUGUAUUCGAUGGUGAAACUCCAGCACUAAAACGAUCAACUAUGAAUUCAAGACGUCAGUUGCGUAGCCUAACCGAAGCAAAAGCAGAAAAAGCCCAAAAACAACUUCUUCGUCGACUUUUACGUCGUGUUGCAGAAUCCUCUGUAAAAUCACUGUCAACAUCACCGGAUAAAGCAGAAUCUUUUGAAGAUACUGCGAAACAUGAACUAUUAAGACGAUUGAGACAACAGUCAGAUUCGCAUCAAGCUAAAGAAGAUGCUAAGAUGUUCUCAGCCCCAAGUCAUGACUCAACUUCUACAGCAUGUAAUAAUGAUAAUAAUCGUAUUUUGAGUGAAAAGGCCGGUUUAGAAUAUGAUGAGCUGGCGCAUGAUUAUUUGGAUGCUUUCUAUUCAUCGGAUAAAAAGUUUUCUGGGGUUGAUCUCGACUCAGAUGCAUUCCGUGCACUUCCUUUACCAGCUCAAUUGCGUGUUGUUCAGCUGUUGAGAGAAAUAUUAGAUUCUAGUUCAUGCCGUAACAAUUUAGUACAAUUUGAUGAUGAAGCACUAUUUAACCCAGAACAGUUCUCAGAUGUUCAAAUGAAACGUUUGCUUUUACGUCGUCGUUUAGCAGAACGUCAACAAGAAUUAUCUGAUAAUCUAACUAAACAAGAAGCUGUUCAACAAAUUCUUCAGUUAAACAAUCCUAUGAUAAAAAAUAUUCUAAAUAAUCAAUCGUUGUUCUCAACUUUACCGUUUUCUAAUACGGCACAGCCGACUACUGCUUCAGAAACUACUGAAACCAUAGCUACAGCUAUGCGUAUUCAGUCACAAGAUGUAGGACACGCUAUUCUCAUUAAAAAAUCUCCAGUGAAUCAGUUGCACGAACGAACUAAAUUGCCUUCAUCUACAACAUUGAGUCUUGAAAAACUAAUUACAUAUAAUGCUGAGAACUUAAAUGUGUCUGAUGAAUGCAAAAAAGUGGAAAUUUCAAAAAGGGACCAGAACAAAGAAAUACCUAAUGAUGGUUAUAUGAGUGAAAACAUAUGUUCAACACAAGAGACAAAUAUUUCUACAAAUGAAAAUAUUAUUUAUAACUCUGGAUGUACACCAAUCAAACUAGUUAAUAUCGAAAAACAUUCAGAUGAACAUCAAAUGUCUAUCCUAUCACAUGUGACUGACAAUAAAAGCCAACUUAAUGAUAAUUGCGAAAAUUACAAUCAACCACUUAUGAAAGAUUCUUUUAAUGAUGAUAUGUCCAAUGAAGUUCUUCCAGAAAGUUCAUCUACUAUUUCUAAGUUUGAUAAGUCAUCGGAUUUUAUCGAAUUACCUAUUCCAGAACGUUCAUGUGACCAUAUGGGAGUCAAAAAAGAUGAAAUUAUUGCUGAAAUUAAUAUAUUGUCUCCCGAUAUACAUGAAUCAGAAUCUUUACAACUACCUCAUCAGGAUAAAUAUGAUGAGAUCAAAAAUAACAGUGAUGAUAGCAAUGAUGAUGAUGAUUUUAUCGAAGUUGAAACUCACGAACAAGUUGAAAUUUCGAAUACAUCUACUGACUCUAAUUUAUCACAAGAAUAUUCUGUCGAUGAAAACAAUGUUCAAAAUGAGGAUAAAUUAAAUUCUGUCUUCACUGAACAAGAAUUAGCCGGUAAAGAAGUUUCCUAUGAAACUAAUCAACAGAAAACUGUAUUAUCAUCUGAAUCAGCCGUGGAUGACUAUACCAUUGAUGAUGAUAGUGAUGAUGUAUUGAGAGAAAAAGCUGAUCGUUUGAUACGUCAAGCUCAGUCGACAACUACGCGUUGUAUUUCAGAAGCCCAGGAUCUACUUCAUUUGUUCGGAUUUCCAUUUGUAGUUAGUCCAGAAGAAGCAGAAGCUCAAUGUGUAGCUUUACAACGUCAUGGUCUAGUCGAUUUAGUUGCAAGUGAUGAUUCAGAUGUAUGGCCAUUCGGUGUUAAACUUGUCUGUCGUCAUUUGUUUGGUACUGGUGGUGGUGAUAACCUAAAAAGAACAACAAAUCCUUCCAUUUACAAACUUGAUGAAGUAAAACGUAAAUUAGGCCUUACUAUAGAGAAUAUUCUCCGUUUGACGCUUCUAUGUGGUAGCGAUUAUACACAUGGAAUUGAUCAAGUUGGUCCAGUUACAGCUAUUGAAAUACUGAGUGAAUUUGAUGAUGGUGAUGAUUAUUCAUUAAAUUGUGAAAUUAACAACUGGCUUCAUGGUGUUGUUAAUGAACCUUCCGAAAAAUUACUUCAUGAUAUUUUACAACCACUAGAACAAUUCACACAUUGGUGGCAAACUACUCGUUCACAAAAUUCUUCACAAUCAAUGAAAAUACUUAGAAUAACUGAAUCGAAUCCAAUUAGACGUCGUUGGAUAAAUUUGAAACCAUAUCCAGGGUUUCCAGAUAGCCGUAUUGCACGUGCUUACCUGUACCCAAAUGUCAAGACCGAUUUGCCGCCGUUUAAAUGGGAACCACCGAAUGUACCGCUUCUUGUCAAACAUGUGAAUACCUUAUUGGGAUGGAAUACUGAAAAAACAGAAGCUAUACUGGCUUCUGUACUCAAACAUAGACAAAAUAUGGAGCUUGGGGAUCCUAGAAAAAUUCUUUCGUCCAAAACACUUAUAACGAAUUUUUUUCAGAUUGAGAAUCAAAAGUUUUGCCAAAAAUCAGAAAUUGCUUGUCAUCACGUUGAUUCACCAGAGUUGGAUGAAGUAACGGUACCGAGUAAGCGCGUUCGUCACGCAGCCAGUCGCUUGCGAAAUCAAAGAACAACAGAUCGAUCUUUUAAAGCUCCCAGCACUUCACAGCAUACAGCACUAGUGAAAGAUGAAAAUAACCUACUUUCUGAAUUACCUAAACUACGUCAGCCUCGACGGAGGCAAUCUGUGAAAAAACCUCCAAAGGAAGCAAAGACUUUACCGGAGAAAAAAUGCAAGGAGAAAGCUCAGAUAAAACCCCAACGUCGUGUAGUAGAACGUGUAUGUUUAUCCGAAGAAGAUGAAGAUUAAAGCAUUGUCAAUGCUCCUAAACGUUGUACAGACUAGACUUUUUUAAUUAAAAUUGUUUUGAAUCUCCUUUAUUUAUAUUUCAACUCGUUUUUUUUUAAUUAUUCAAUUGUUUCAAAGACAGGAGUGACCUUGUUUUACAGAGAAAUGAAAAAUACACAUUUUUCAACAACGAUUCAAUAACGUUUAUUUAAAUGUUAUGCAUAACUUUUGAUAAUAUUAGAUUUAAUAACAUUUUAAAAAUGAAAUGACUGGUAGUUUGUGUUUACAAAGAGAUUUACAUUGUAAUUACGUAUGAUUGAGCAUCUGGGUAACAUGCAUUUAUGGUGACACUGUACAUAAUCUUUAAAGCUAUAAGCAGCCCACUUGUUUCCAUUAUAUAUUACGUCAAUUUAUUCACAUAUAGUACAACUCUGCCUGUGUACAGCUCAACAUAAACAACUGUAAAAUAUGGUUCCAAAGUACUCGGAGUUCUACCAGCUUGUAAAACUUGUAUAUUCAUUAGUGAUUCACAUAAUGCUGGGCGUCCAGCAAGAUUUGUAUCAAGUAAAUCAAAAAGUUCCGGUUUACUGCAUCCACCUCUAGACGGACAUGUAUGAGUUUCUACUAUCACAAAAUCAGCCUGAAAAAAAAUCAGUUGAAAAUUUUCAAUUAACAGUCAAAUAAAACUAAAUGUUCUAAGCAAUAAAAUUCAUAACUGUUGUGAUUUCCGGUGUUCAGGAGUUG